AUGAACUAUGCAGACAUCAUGGCAGUGGACAAUGCUUCCACUGUGUCACAGUUUCUCCUCCUGGGAUUUUCAGACCUUCCUAACCUCCAAGGGUUUCUGUUUGGAAUGUUCUUCAUAGUUUACUUGAUUAUCUUGAUUGGAAAUACCUUCAUAAUCGUGAUAACUAGAAUUGACCCUGCACUACAGAAGCCCAUGUAUUUUUUCCUGGCAAAUUUUUCUUCUCUGGAAAUCUGUUACGUAUCAGUCACUCUCCCCAGGAUUCUGUUCAACAUUGCUACUCAAGACAGAAGAGUUUCUGUGCUGAGCUGUGCCACACAAAUGUGUUUCUUCCUUGUGCUGGGAGCCACUGAGUGUUUCCUCCUGGCCGUGAUGUCCUAUGACCGCUAUGUGGCCGUCUGCCAUCCUCUGCACUAUCCUGUGGUCAUGAACCCAGCAAGGUGCACUCAGUUGGCAGCAGGGUCCUGGCUUGGUGGCAUCCCAGUCCAGAUAGGACAAACCUGUCAAAUAUUCUCUCUGCAUUUCUGCAAUUCUAACCAAAUAGACCACUUCUUCUGUGACUUACCUCCCAUUCUCAAGUUGGCCUGUGGGGACACUUCAGUGCAUGAGCUCUCAGUCUACUUAGUGGCUAUGCUAUUUGUUGCUUUACCUUUUAUCUUGAUACUUGCCUCUUAUAUGAAAAUCAUUGCAACCAUCCUGAAGUUGCCAACAGCCACAGGAAGAGCAAGAGCCUUCUCCACAUGUUCUUCCCAUUUGCUUGUGGUGUUCCUGUUUUUUGGAACAGCUACUGUUACCUACUUGCGACCAAAGUCCACCCAUUCUCCAGGAACUGACAAGCUGCUCUCUCUGUUCUACACAAUUGUGACUCCCAUGUUCAAUCCACUGAUAUACAGCCUUAGGAACAAGGACGUGAUUGCUGCAGUGAGAAAAUUUUUACUUAUAAAAUAG